AGAAACAUGGAGUCUUAUAAUGAUGGCGUGGGGAAUAAUGACUGCCCUAUGUCUGUGCAUUGCUGGGCUGCUAUGUGUGGGCUGUGAGGUGACGGCGGAGAGGGUCGGGGAGAUAAGUGACACUCGCUGCUAGUGUAAGUAGUGCUGACAGAGGGCCCGAUGCAGCAUAAAGCAUACUGGUUAUCAGAGAGUUCUUCAGCUAGACUUUCAUUUAAAGGGUUAUCAGAGAGUUCUUCAGCUAGACUUUCAUUUAAAGGUUGCAGAACAAUUGUCAUCAUGUCUCUCAUUAUUUGUGUGAUCUCAUUGGUCCUUUACCCGUUUGCCUGUCUGGGGUUCACCAUCAAAUUCCUUCUGUCUCAGAGAUGUUUCCAGCCCACCAAACGGGUUAUUGGAAUCUUCUCCCGCUCGGAUUCCAGUGACUACAAGUGGAUCACCCAGGGCCUUACAUCCCCAAUGUUUAAAGGUCUGGUGGAAGAGACGAGGGCUGUCUAUAUCUCUAACAGUGACCAUCAGUUCAUACAAGCCGCCCGUGGCUGCGACUUUGCCGUGCUGUAUCACACCAAAAACCGCGGGAGGGUCAAUAUUACCAACGUGACGGACUCUAUCUACGAUGAGCAACUACGGCAUUUAUCUGACAGUAAAGGUAAGGAGAAUGUCGUUGUGGUGAUAGAUGACCUGGAGAAAAGUGACUUUGAGGAGAAGCACCGCAUCCUGCUCCAGCAGCCUGACAUUAUGGAAUGUUCCCGGGAUCUGAUACUCGUCACUCAGAGUGAGAAGGAGCAGCCACGUAUGGUCAAUCAGAAGUUGAAGUGGAUUAAAGAUCUCCUAGGGUCACCAGGAACGGUGUACUUCUUCAGUUACCUGGUGUCUAUGACAUGCUGGGCCACCAACAAUGUGAUAAUCUGCUACUGCUGGGGUAGAGCCAGAAGAGGAGUGACGUAUGAGCCAUUGCUUGUGUAAAGCCAUCACCCUCAGGAGCAGAUGGGACCCGGUGUCUUCUCACACGCAGCGUCCAGCUGCCUGUGCGUUGGUCAUUAAUGCUGAAGAUUUCGAAGACAGUUGUGUUAAUAUUUCCCCCCGAGAAGAUGAUACUAAGAAACAUAGCUGGGAUCUAAGCACUGUCGAGAUUGGAUCAUUUAUAGUUCUAGAAUGUUCUCAAUGUACUCUGGACAAAAACUGACGUUUGUUUAAAUGCAAAUUUACUCCAAUCAGCAUCAGGUUUAUUCAGCAGUAAAACUGUUUGUCCUCUCUUGAUGCUGUAUAUCCAAACUCAUUAGAUGUUACCCUGCAAUCUACACUGGUGGUAUCCAAAGCUAUGUCUCAUUUUUACUGUCUACUACGGGUACCAAUCUAUGAGCAUCACAGGAGAUCUGGGCUCACCAAGUGGACCUUGCAGUUCCUUGAUCUCACUGAACAUCAAUUGAUCAAUUUGUUAUUUUAUGCAAAUAAAGUUCUGUUCUCUGCUAUGUACAGGUAAUGCUAUGUACAGGGAAUGCUAUGUACAGGGAAUGCGCUUUGCAUAUUGGACCAUUAUAUUAUAGUGGUGACCUCUCUCCAACUAGACGCUGCUUGAUUAGUCUGAGCCCUCAACCGUCUUGUCCCAAUUGUUCCUGUCCUGAUGUCUCCUUAUAUCACUGUUUAUGGGACUGCCACAUAUUGGGGAAUAGUCAAAUGUGUGAAAAGUCGGUUGGGUGUCUGUCUAUUAGAUAGGAAAAAACAGUCUCCCAACUGACUUUUCAAACAAUUGAAUCUCUCCCAUAGAGAACAUUUGGAUUCAAAUAAAAACUUUUACAAUUACACAUCUUAUGCUCUGUCUUCCCCAGAAUGGGCUGUUUUAGGCGUCCCACUUCUCACUGCCAGAUUUACUAAAAGGAAUAGGAAUAUUCGAUUGACUGUGUCUGCGGCUGCAAAAAAAUUAUUUGACAACACUGGAUUCAUACCAGCCUACUAACAUUGUCCAUAUUUACUGUAAGGAAGACAUGUUUGUCUUCUUCAUAUGGACUGUCCUGAGACCUCCCUACAAAGAGGACAGAGCGCAGUCUUUUUUGGAAACAUGGGAAAGGUUUAUUGACCCUUUGUUUCAAUCCGUCAAAUCACAGAUCACACAAUGUUUUCACAGCGCUGGCUGGUAUGUACUUAGAAUACUCCUACAGGACUUUCCUAUUACAUUGUGAUAUACAUUAAUUCCUGCGCAUAUCUGUUGGAAUCAGUAUGAUUUACCGGUGGGCCCGACAUCGUCAUCCCGCCCGCCAGAAUGCCGGCAGUGGGACGAGCACAAAGAGUGUACUGGACACCCACGAGUGGGAACAGUCCUGUUUUGCCGGGAUUCCAGCUGCCGCUAUUUUCAGCUGUCGGGAUUCCGGCAUUGGUAUCCUGAGCAUUGGGACAGCUGGCAAAUUGAACGCAUCGCCAUCUAUUCUUCCUGGAGGACCCCUCCCCCCCACCCCCCCAUUCCCAUUGGUCCUUCCUAUUUAGCCAUUUCCCAUUGUAUAAAACCAAUGUGUUUGAUGUUCGGUUUCCGCCGCUAGUUCUGAGCUGAGCGGCUCCUUUCCUUCCGGUUUUCUAUUCAAUGUUUAUGGUGCGAGCUGUUUAUUCCCUAUAACCAUUUAUAUGUUCUCAUGCUGUAUUCUUGUCUUCUCAAUGAUUCCUGUCACUAUCCAUGUGCAAAUGUUUUCUAUGCUUGUGUGCUGACAUAUUUGCUGUGUUGAAUAAAAAAUACUGUUAAUAAAAA